AUGGCUUAUCUUACAUUAGAUGUCGCCUUGAUGGAAGAUUUCAUCGUUACGAUUCGUGAAGACCUCGCAUGUUUGGAAUCACGGAUGAGAACAAUGGAGGUUCUUCUCAAGCGGUUGAUGAAUGAUGAGAGAAAUAACAACAUCCUUCUAGAUAUUGUUUCGAAGGAGGAAUUAUCGGAGAAUAUAUGCGAUGUUGAAUACCUGUUGGAUGUUUUCAAGCCUGAAAUGAGAAGAAAAAAUGAACAUUUAAUAGAUUAUAUGUUAAUCUUGGCUAGAAACAUAAAAAAGAAGAGGGGGUUUCUGAAGACAGUAAUGUGUUGA